AAUUAAAUAUUAUUCUUUUUCUUCUCUCCACUUGUAUAAACUCAGAAUUUCAGAGUGUUGAAUUUCUAUUGGUUAUCGUACCUAUUCUAUUAACUGUAUUGCUGUAGAUAUCUAUAAUGUGAGGUUUAAAGCUAGCAGCCGAAUGUAUUGCACAUGAAUGAACGCAACAAAUUAUCUUAUCAGUAUUGAUAACGUUCGGACAGGUUGGCAAAAUUGAACGAUAUUGUAGAACAAUAAGACAAGUUUUUAAUAGUGCAUCGAGAUGGCAACUGACGGCAGAAGACGCGUCGCAUUAAUUACUGGUAUUACCGGACAAGAUGGUUCCUAUUUAGCUGAAUUCUUAUUAGAAAAAGGAUAUGAUGUACAUGGUAUAAUUAGGAGAGCUAGUUCUUUUAAUACUGCUCGAAUUCAACAUCUUUAUGCAGAUCCAAAAUGUCACCGCCAAGGCAGAAUGAAGCUUCAUUAUGGUGAUAUGACAGAUUCCAGUAGUUUAGUUAAAGUGAUUAGUUCUGUGCAACCAACAGAGAUUUACAAUCUUGCUGCUCAAAGUCAUGUCAUGGUAAGUUUUGAAGUAAGUGAAUAUACUGCUGAAGUAGAUGCAGUAGGGACAGUUAGGUUAUUAGAUGCAAUACGUACUUGUGGCCUUGAAAAAUCUGUAAAAUUUUACCAUGCGUCAACAUCUGAACUUUAUGGCAGAGUAACUCAAGUACCACAAAAUGAAAAAACUCCAUUUUACCCUCGUUCACCGUAUGCUUGCGCAAAACUAUAUAGCUUCUGGAUUGUAGUAAACUAUAGAGAAGCAUAUAAUAUGUUUGCAUGUAAUGGUAUAUUAUUUAAUCAUGAAAGUCCUCGUAGAGGAGAGAACUUUGUUACAAGAAAAGUAACUAGAUCUAUAGCGAAGAUACAGUUAGGUUUACAAGAUGUUCUCGAACUAGGAAAUUUAGAUGCUAAACGAGAUUGGGGACAUGCAAAAGAUUAUGUUGAAGCAAUGUGGUUGAUGUUGCAACAGCCAAUUCCGGAUGAUUAUGUUAUAGCAACAGGAGAAACACAUAGUGUUAGAGAAUUUGUGGAGGCAGCAUUUCUAUAUGUAGGUCGUACUAUUAAGUGGGAAGGUGAAGGUAUAAAUGAAAUAGGACAGGAUGCACAAACAGGACAAGUAUUGGUUAAAGUGAAUCCUAAAUAUUUCCGUCCAACGGAAGUCGAUGUACUUUUGGGUGAUGCUAACAAAGCGAAGGAGAAAAUUGGCUGGAAACCUACUGUUACGUUUGAGGGUCUUGUAAAGGAUAUGAUGGAUUCUGAUUUAGAAUUAAUGAGAAAAAAUUCAAACGCCUGAAAUCAUUGUUUAUUGAUGAUAAGAAGUUGAUAAGGAAGUUGGUAAGAUAAAAUUAUCGAGAUAAAUAUAUGACAGAAGUUAAUGCAUUUUUAAAAUACAUUCUGUGUCUCUAUAAGACAAAAAUAUUUAAAGUAGGUUUACUAUAUUAUAAGAAAUUCUAAUAUAAUAUUAUAUAUUCUUGGGUCAGAAAUAGAUGAGAUUUUUACUACUUAAGAUACUAAAAAAAAAUAGCUCUUCUUAGUUUAUUGAUAUGUACUAUACACAUGUGAAUACUAAAUAUUAUUUAAUUUCAUUAGGUAUAAUCUGCAUAUACCAUACGUUUUGUAAAAGGAUCGUUAUAGAUUUGUUAUUUCUCGUUUGCUGUUGUGUUUUAAAGACUACAUUCUAGAAGUUAAAAAAUUAUUCAACUUAAAAAAACAUUUAAUUGCUGAAAAAUAGCACAAUUCUUAUAUACAACAAGUCUUCCUUGUACACACACUAUAAUUUUGUAUAUAAUGUACCAUAUUUUAGAUUAAUCGUUAAAUAAUACUUUUAAUCUUUAUACGCAACAUGCGAUAUAUAAUUAGAAAAGUAAGCACAUUUUUAUAAUAAACAGCAUUUAUUUUAUAUUGUA